AUGCACGGUAGCUAUGCAACAGUUCACAAGGAGACUGAAUCUGAUGAUACUCUGAUCGCUGUCAAAGUAUACCUCAAGUCUCAAGGUCGGCAUGCACUGUUACAUGCUCAUCGUGAACUAAGGGCUUUGGAACAAUUGAAGCUCAACUAUGAAUCAGCAUGCCAGAAAUAUCUUAUAUAUCUCAUAUCAAGCAUUUCAACACCUUUAUCAUUGUCUUUACGCUUUCACUUUCAUCCAUACACCCUUGAUAAAAUAACGCCGGUUUCUCACGAGUUGGCAAGAAAUUAUGUGCUGCAAAUAGCAACGGCUUUAGAAUACGUCCACUCACUGUCUCUGGUACAUUGUGAUCUAACACCCCAAAAUAUCCUGGUGGCUGAAGAUGGUAGCCUGAGAGUAGCUGACUUCGGCUGUGCACACCCAAUUACUGAGACUAUAGAGGGAUCGACAGAAGGCAUCGGCACAAGAUGGUAUGUUGCCCCAGAACAUAUACUCUCCUGCCCAUAUUAUGCUCCACCAAGUGAUAUAUGGUCAGUAGCCUGUAUCUGGAUCGAAAUGGUGACCGGAAGGCCUGCUUUUUGCGGAGGAAGUGAUUUGGAACAGUUGGGCAUACUCGUUCGUGCCAUUGGCAUGCCUAGCAAAGAUAUUAUAAAUGAGCUAUCGGUUUACCCAGAUGGUAACAAACUCAUCUUUUUUGCGCCUUCUGAUGAUGAACACACUAUGGAGCACACAGAGGACGCUGACACGCAGCUAGAGGACGACGGCAAUCCCCCUUAUAUGUGCCUCAACGACAUGAUUCAGCCUUUUGCAAAGUCCGACCAAGGCUUCAUAAAACAAAUGCUUAGCUGGUCUGUCUAUAAGAGACCAGAUGCCAUAUCCGUUAUAGAAACGCUUAGACCCGCUACCUCUCCUUCCGUGGUAUAGGAGGAAACAUUGCCAUCCUAAUUUUGUCUUUUGAAAAAAUGCUCAUUACAUACCCACUUUCUAUGUCUCAUGCGAAUAAUAUGAGUGAAAAUAUAGUCAUUUUCGUAAAAGUUCGCAUUUUGAAGUGGAUUAAUACUUCUGAUAAACUGCGAAAAAAAAUCGACUCUGGUUUAUAUUGGCUGACUCGAACCCAGUCUUCGCACCUGUACUGUUGUAGCUUAGCCUCGUUGUCUAUCAGAGUAAAUUCAUCGUACUACUGC